UUUGUCUCUUCCUCUGAUUCUUUCUCUCUCUCUCUCUCUCUCUCUCUCUCUCUCUCUCUCUCUCUCUCUCUCUCUCUCUCUCUCUCUCUCUCUCUCUCUCUGUCUCGUCUUUGUUUCGGUUUCAAGAAAGCAAGAGGAAGAAGAAGAAGAAGAAGAUGGGUAGGUCAAAGUGUUUCAUGGACAUUAGCAUUGGAGGUGAGCUUGAAGGAAGGAUUGUUAUUGAGCUUUACGAUGAUGUUGUUCCCAAAACCGCUGAGAAUUUUCGAUUACUCUGUACCGGUGAGAAGGGUUUAGGUCCAAAUACUGGUGUACCUCUCCAUUACAAGGGGAAUCGAUUUCAUCGUGUUAUCAAGGGGUUUAUGAUACAAGGUGGGGAUAUAUCAGCUAAUGAUGGUACUGGUGGUGAGUCUAUCUAUGGCUUGAAGUUUGACGAUGAGAAUUUUGAGCUGAAACAUGAGAGGAAAGGGAUGCUCUCUAUGGCUAACUCUGGUCCCAACACUAAUGGCUCUCAGUUUUUCAUUACGACAACUCGCACUUCUCAUUUAGAUGGGAAACAUGUUGUGUUUGGAAGGGUUACGAAAGGAAUGGGUGUUGUUCGGUCGAUUGAGCAUGUUAGCAUAGAGGAACAGUCUUGUCCUUCUCAGGAUGUUGUGAUCCAUGACUGUGGAGAAAUCCCUGAGGGUGCAGAUGAUGGGAUUUGUGACUUUUUCAAGGAUGGUGAUGUGUACCCUGACUGGCCUAUUGAUCUGAAUGAAAGCCCAGCUGAGUUAUCUUGGUGGAUGGAGACUGUUGAUUUUGUCAAGGCUCAUGGGAAUGAGCACUUUAAGAAACAAGACUAUAAGAUGGCUCUUAGAAAGUACCGUAAGGCUUUACGCUAUCUGGAUAUUUGCUGGGAGAAAGAGGGCAUUGAUGAAGAGACGAGUACUGCCUUGCGUAAGACAAAGUCGCAGAUCUUCACUAAUAGUGCUGCCUGCAAACUCAAAUUCGGAGAUGCAAAAGGAGCGUUGUUGGACACUGAAUUUGCUAUGCGUGAUGAAGAUAACAAUGUUAAAGCAUUGUUUCGACAAGGCCAGGCAUACAUGGCUCUUAAUAACGUCGAUGCUGCUGCUGAAAGCCUUGAGAAAGCUCUUCAAUUCGAACCUAAUGACGCUGGUAUCAAGAAAGAAUAUGCUGCUGUUAUGAAAAAGAUUGCCUUUAGAGACAACGAAGAGAAAAAGCAGUACCGCAAAAUGUUCGUAUAGGGGGGGGGGGGGGUGCUCUGCUUCAUUUAGGGUUUGGUCGGAUAGUGAGGAAGAAGACUAACAAAAAGUGAAAAGAAGCAUAUAAAGAAAGAAAAAACAUUCAAAAAAGGACUUUGGGAAUUGUUUCUAUUUCCCUCAUUUUGGUAAACAUGUUUUUACUUUUGCAUCAUGGCAAAGACUGAUGCAUAGUAAUAUCGACUGGGAAAUUGUUUUUACCCAAAGGAUAGAUUCAGUGCUUGAGACUGUUAAUGAAAUUUUGAGUUACUUGGCCA